UCACUGCUCCCGCUUAGGCGUACGCCAUUUUGAAAAUUUUUCCGUCAUAGUGGUUGUAAUCAUUCACCAUCCUAAAUAUUCCUUGGUCAAAAUUUAAAGUGUAUGCUAACGUAGGUGUAGCUGAAUAUCUACGUUAUUUGGCUGCCCGAGUAUUACUAUUCAACAUGUCAGGCAACGUAGGAGAUAUACAGUGGUGUUUCUCACAAGUCAAAGGGACUAUGGACGACGAUAUCACUGAGGCUGACAUAAUAUCUACAGUAGAAUUCAAUCACGAUGGAGAGCUUCUAGCUACAGGGGACAAGGGUGGACGUGUUGUUAUUUUCCAACGAGAACAAGCGAAUAAAAGCAGCCCAUCGUACAGGAGAAGUGAAUACAAUGUCUACAGCACCUUCCAGAGCCACGAACCAGAAUUUGACUACUUAAAAAGCUUAGAAAUUGAUGAGAAAAUCAACAAAAUAAAAUGGUUGAAACGAAAGAACCCUGCUCACUUUCUAUUGUCAACUAAUGAUAAGACAAUAAAGCUAUGGAAGGUGUCCGAACGUGACAAAAUGAUCGAGGGCUAUAACACGAAGGCCGACAACGGGAUCAUGCGACCGCCGGCCAGCGUGACCGCGCUGCGCGUUCCCCUCGUGAAGCCCAUGGAGCUGAUGGUGGAGGCUAGUCCACGGCGCGUGUUCGCGAACGCUCACACAUAUCACAUCAACUCUAUCUCGGUGAACAGCGACCAGGAGACGUACAUGUCGGCCGAUGACCUCAGGAUCAAUCUGUGGAAUCUAGAGAUAACGGACCAGAGUUUUAAUAUUGUCGAUAUAAAGCCACAGAACAUGGAAGAGCUAACAGAAGUGAUAACGGCAGCAGAAUUCCACCCCAUCGACUGUAAUUUAUUUGUAUAUAGCUCUAGCAAAGGAACGAUUAGGUUAUGUGACAUGCGCUCAUCGGCUCUCUGUGAUAAGCACGCCAAAUUGUUUGAGGAACCGGAGGAUCCGACCAAUCGUAGCUUCUUUUCGGAGAUCAUCAGCAGCAUAUCUGACGUGAAGUUUAGCCACAGCGGUCGCUACAUGAUCACGCGAGACUACCUCUCCGUCAAGGUGUGGGAUCUUAACAUGGACACAAAGCCGGUGGAGUCUUAUCAGGUGCAUGAAUACCUUCGAAGUAAAUUGUGUUCGUUAUACGAGAAUGACUGCAUUUUCGAUAAGUUUGAAACCUGCUGGAAUGGGGCAGAUGGCCAAAUAAUGACAGGAUCCUACAACAAUUUCUUCCGUAUCUUUGACCGAAACACGAAACGGGACAUAACGCUAGAAGCUUCUAGAGAAAAUGCCAAGCCGAAGGCUGUGCUUAAGCCAAGAAAGGUGUGCACUGGUGGAAAGCGCAAAAAGGACGAGAUCAGUGUUGACUGCUUAGACUUCAACAAAAAGAUCUUGCACACAGCGUGGCACCCUACGGAGAACAUCAUUGCUGUCGCUGCCACCAAUAACCUAUACCUGUUCCAGGACAAAGUAUAGCACCUCGUGCCACAAGGUAGCGUCACAGGUCGAGUACUCUCGAGCUUUGUCACGUCUACGGAGCGUGCAGGCGUUUGGUGUUAGACCGUGUGGACCCAUCGCGUCACGUUCAGACCGGAGCGCUAUGCCUGAUGUCAACCUACGUGUGGUGACGAUGUCGGAGCAGCUGCAUUGCCGCCCCCAUGAUUGGUGGCUGCGGCAUGUGUUAGGGGUGUCAACCUCCCAGUGGUUGUCAGCGCCCCAUUAAUUCUAACAUCAGAAAACCAUGUGCCGCGUGUUCGGGACCAGGCAUUCUGCAAUGCAUUUACGACAGGAGCGUUGGCGUCCUGUGUGACCCAAGUGCAAUCUCGUGGCGGCAUACUUCAUGCUUUCCGUUUCACGGUCAAGCAAAGCGCUUGCAGUCACCAGGCUGAUAGUGGUGCUUCGUCCGAUGUCACUAAGGCCGCAUUGAGCGCACAGGAACCUACUCCCCCCCGUUGAGAUUUGCGCCUUGUGAUUUCGUCGACUGUUCAACGCAGGCUGCAAGGCGCCGGAUAUGACGUCUUUCGAUAUUGCCUAAGAGAGAGAGAACAAGGAAGCGAGUCGGGCGUUAUAUGUCCGCGGUUGUUUCUUGUAGGUUAUACUCUUCCUGCACGAGACAGGAACAGAUUGAUAUGCUUCAGGACACAUGUUGCACAUCCCCAGCUUCCAUGCAGUAGUUGGACGAUUUAGCACUUACAAUGCGGAGUAGCUGGUACAGGUUUCCCUCAUGAGAAACACCUGAAAUUGUUUGCUGCAGAUCUGCCACAGUGAGUGCUUUGUUGUUAGCCUUCUGGGCAGCUUCCAAAUGAAAUCCAUAUGCAGAUUUAUUAUUUGUACUGCAGUGAUACAGUCAUUGUUACUUUGAAUGUAAGAUUGAGUAAAAAAAAAAGCUACACCGAAAGAUGUAUACAUGUGCUGCUAUAUGCCAACUAGCACCGUACAUGUUAUCUGGCUACCAGCAGCGAGCUGUUGGCAUUUCGUACACAUUCCAUCGUAAUGUCUACCUGCGCACAUACGGAUGCGGUACCGGUGCGGUCACCCCCUAGCUUCACCGAUCGGUUGCCCCGUAGGUAGUUCUGAGUAGUUUGCGACGGUUUGUCGCGGAAGCGUGAUCACGGGUCGAAGUUAAAUGUGCGUGUCGUCGUCGUCGGCGUCGGCAGCAGCAGUCUACUCCGUGUGCUGGCAGUUUACACACGGGGCGUGGUGCGAGCUCGCAUGUCUCUGCUGCUAUUCACUCGUGUUUCAUUUGUGCAGUCGUGAAUUGUGCAGUCAUGGUAAAAUUAUGAAGUACUUGGCAUCGGUGGUGUGUAAUAUGAUGGUGAUUGUGUGUUUGUGGCUUACUGCGAUAAUACAUGUACUUGUGCGUUGUAUGUGCCAAAUGUUUAACCCGUAGGUGUCGUCUUCUAAUUUUGUGUUUACGAAAGCAAAUAUCUCAAAAUCUGAACAGUGUAUAUGUAACGAGAGUACACAAUAGAGGUUUCCCCUUAUUUUCACGUAAGUCUUUAUUGUGUACUCUUGUUAUGUAUCGUCAACACCUGACCAGCUGCCGUGUGUGUAUAUGAUCUAAUACUUAAGCUGAAUGUUGUAUCCCACCUACCUGAUAAACGUCAUAAGUUGUAGCUGUUGCAUGAUGUCCAUUGACAUACUUUGCUUGCAUCCCCAUACUUUGCUAUCAUCUCAAGGUAUGACCUACGCACGUGUGCUAUUACAUCGUAUACCAGCAGCUGUUUGUGUAAGUGCGAAGAUUCGUUUUCGAUGUCUAGUGUGCCUUUUCCUGUUGUCUGUAGACUGAUAUGCUACCUUCGUUGUUACAUAUACCCAGUAUGUCCAGGUAUACUCGGAGUAGCGGCAUGGUUCCACGUGGUGGCAUAUGGAUGCAAAGUGCCACAUCAAGUGUAUAGGGUGAUGACAACCUAUAGCUGUUGGCUGCAGUGGAUGUAAGACAGCAUGCUCAUUUGUACUUAUCACUUCAAAUUCUUAUUGAAGCGAUGCUAACUUCGUUUCAUCGUUGGGCAACCUACCACUUGUGACACAGAGCUGUAAUUGAAUUUUGCUGCUCAGUGGCCAUAAGGCUAUAUCUUCAUCUUUCAAAUGCUUCAUGGCCCGUUGGAUUUAUUUAAGUUUUCGGCGAAUUAUGUUGCAGUUUCUAGUUCUAAUUUACAUGCAACUGUGUAACAUCAACACAAAUAGCACAGCUGGUAGCGUCAGAUGGCUUAAGUAUUAGCAUGCCAAAAGCUGCACAGCCCUGGCUGAGCUAAGAGUAACAUCUGUAUGUCGGUCUUGAAUAGGUGGUGGACGCCCACGGGAUUUCGUCUGGGUCAGGUGCGGGUAUAGGUGGAUGGAACCAAGCUGGAAGCUACUCGUUGAAACUGAGGUGGGAAAAGAUGUACUACAGCUGGAGCCGGUUGCAAUCGAUCGUCUGUGAAUGUGUUGGUUCCGAGGCAAUGCUUGUAAGGGCUGAUUAAGUGAAUGUCUACGGGUGUCACUGUGCGGGUUCGUGUGGAAUGAAUUCCAAAAUAAGCCGAUGUGUGUUGCGUGUGCGGUCAAAUGAGAUUGCCUACGAAUGUAUGGGGUUGAAAGAAGCGGCGGUACGCCUGUAGGUGGCGUGCGCAUAGUAUUUCCUAAGCUGCAUGACGGAGUGUUGGGGAAGAGCAGUGCGUUUUCUUCCAGCGUGUUGCAGCAUAUGCAUUCCUUACGGUGCGUUGCGCUGUUGACAUUUUUGAGUUGUCGUAUCGUAUGUUGGUGGUAAUCGUGUGUGCGUGCGUGCGUUCGUGCGCGUGAAUGUGUUCGUACGUGCGUGGCUGUCUGGCUGCCUGCGUGUAUACAAAGUAAAAUGGACGAGAGCGUUAUUUUUCCCAGUGAUUUAUCUACCCAAAGAGAAUAGAAAAAAAAUCUAGCAGUCGCUUGAUUUCUGCCGAAUGUAAUUACUGCGUGGACAAUUCAUGAACAGAUCGCUGGUCGCAUUGAAGGUAAAUCUGUGACACGGCCGUUCUCCUACUCAAACGUGGUGGACGGUCUAAAUAAUUAUGUCUCAUUGCUAAACAGAUUUUUAAUUUGUUCUAAUGGGGGAGGUAUUAUUUGUCAUUUGUGAGCCUUGUUCAUGACGGCUUGCCAUAUGCUUCGUGCGCGUUUGUACAGUUAUAACGUCUGGGAGUAGCAGUGCUGCCACCAUGUGGUUGUUGGUUAUAAAAUUUGAAGAUUAUGAAAAUGUGACCGAUAUACAAGCUGUUUAUAUUGAACCCUACCAAAAUAAGGACGGGUUUGAUGCAUAAAAUUAUUGAAAGUAAAAUUAAUGUGUAAAAGUGA